AUGUCGAAACACAACGUCCCUUCUGUUGUCGGUGGUGGCAUGCACCACCCGCACAAGACUGGCGGCAGUGCUCAUGGCUCUCCCCACAAGAUGAACAAGACGCCUUUGAAGAGCAACAUCACGAACAAAAUCAAACCAAGGCACGCGACUGAUGCUGAUAUUAGCGACGAUGAGAGUGGUGGAGAAGGCGGUGGUAGUAGUGCUACAGAGGACGCAACCACCACCAGCGAGGAUCCAGAUGAUUUUGCCCUGUCAAGCGCAACGCAGUCCCAGUCCCUUCGCGGAGCUGGGCAGCGUUUGGCAGGGCUGAAGUCCGGGCACGGUGAGCUCAGCGACACCGACAUGGACGAUGCAGCACAGGCUGUUGGCGGAGCAGAAGACGACGAAGCUGGAGUGAGCGAUGAUGAUGACUAUGCCGGCGUUGACAAUGUCAGCGACAGCGGCGAAGAGGAUCUUGGACUGAGCGGGAAUCAGAUACUACGGUCUGCAGAGCAGGAUCUAAUUCAAGAGUUCGAGAAGGCGGAGCAGCGCCGCAGUGCAAGCACUGUGACGAGAGAUCUCGAUGUGUUGGGUCUGGACGACUUCGACAUGGAUGCAAGGAGCCUCGGACUGCUUCAAAGCUCACCUGCACUUAGUGCCAUGCUAUUCGCCCCUGAGAUGCCCAGCAUCGACUUGAAUCAGGAUCCCUUCCUUGGACUUUCGCAAGAUGCCGACGAAUACCAACAGAUGUGGGGAGCGGCAGAAUCUUUGAUGUGGCGCAUGCCGGAGACGGCACGCAGCCGGGAGGGCAGCGAUCCGGCUAGUGGCACGCAGAAGCGUGUACGCUUUGAGAAGACACCCUCCAGCACUCCCAGCAUCAGCGAAGAUGAGGAUCCUAAUGAAGCAUUCCCUGACCUCUUCACCCCGGCGGACGACCCCAUCGUGAGCCAGCAAAUCGCUUUUGGUGUAAAUCACGACACAUUGCUCUCGCAGGGAGAUUGCAAUGACACUGACUCCUUUUAUGACUUUGAUGACGAGGAGGAUAAGCUCGCCUUCCAGAUAGACGAAGACAGCAACUCCAGUGAUGAAACAAGCACUUAUGACUCUGAGGACGAAGGAGAUACGACUGAUGAAGAGACGGCCGAAGAGCAGCUCGCCAAAUUAGACGAGAGAAGGCGUGCAGCUCGCAAGUCGGCGGGCCAGGAUCCAGCCACGCCUGCGCCUGUCAAGCAAGCAACGCCGAAGACACCGCGACCAGCAACACCACGUACCGCAAAUACACGAUCAUCCAACACACCACGUCCGCCUACUCCAGGCAGUGGUAGGGGCCCAAGAAGCGGCACCUUCCAGGCAGACCCAACCCGAGCUGCCGUCACCACAGAUCCAGCUGGUGGCAAGCUUAGAGUACAACCGCCUACCAAGCCCAUCGGUAAGGACAAAGAAUUCUGGGACCGUGCUAGAAGUGCGAUCGAUAGCCGGGAAGGCAGCCGUCGCAACUCCAUUCAGAUCAUGCGCAGCAACAGCAGCGAUAGCAUGCCGUCUCGCCCAUUCACCGCCAAGUCCACACUUGGGUCCAUGUUCGGUGGCAACCUCGAGUUCCUCCGGAACAAUGACGCGCACGGUAUUGGCCAGGACCUCUUCCCUCAAGCCAUGAGCCGACCCCAGAGCUCAUUCUCGUCUCUCACCGAGACUGAUGACAGUGCCAUGAACCCCCCUCAUCUGGACCUGGACAUGCAGGACCUAGUCAACAUGGACGACUCCGAUACUGAAGACAAUGGCAUGGACACUGGUGCCCUCGCCUCCCCCAUUGAGAUGUCCGACUCCUUCCACUCCGGCCGCGGACUCGAACGCCGUAGCUCGGACCUACUGGAGCACUUCAACCAGCACCGCGGCAUCAUCGGCUCUUUCCGUCAGAACCAGCAUUUCGUCAAGCAGGUCAGUUCGCAAGCUCUGCACCCUGCACAGCGCGCUUCUACCCACGAGUUCAACGCUCUCCAGAAAGGCCGCCGCGGUGCUGCGAACACGCCCAUCACACCUGUUCGCAAGAAGAAGCGGGCCAGCCAGGACGUCACGCCCAGCCAUGGUGGAGUGAGGAAGAGCGUCAACAGUCCGCUAUCCUCUCGUCGCCCACGCAGUCGCGGCAACUCGACCGCUAACGCGAACCUGCUGCAGACCUUCGCUCGGAACCCUUUCGACCCUUUCGAUGAAUAA